CAGACCGAGUACAUAACCAUCAAGAUCACAAGCUAGGUCUUCUUCCGUCUAUAUCUUGUUCCUCAACAAUCAGAAACUCCAUCUUCUUCCGUCUUUUUCCAAUUCCAUCUAAAAGGGCGUCCUGAUUUUAGGAAUCAGAGUUUUCCAGAAAUCGAAUCCUAGACUCACACUUUCUCUCUCCUAGGGUUCCAUCACUGGUUUGUCUCAAUUUCUUCCGAUUUCAAAAUUUUUAAGAUUUGGGGGAAACCCCCUUUUGAUACGCCACUGCCCAGCAUACUACCCCUUUCAAUAGGGGAUGAUUUUGUGUUCUGGGAUUUGUGAAUAAGGCGAGAUAAUCAUAAUAUUGCUUUUUAGCAAGAAUAAUCCAGUAACAUAGUUCUGGGGAAUAAUUUGGACUUUGAUUUAGGGUUUUUAUAUUCAUCAAAAAUUCAAAAAAAAAUCACUAUUGGGGAGAACUUAAGAUUUCCGUGCUUCCCAAUUGUUGAGCCACAAAGCUCAAUUUUAUUGUUUUGAGUGUCGAAUUCAAGCUUCGAGUGAACAUUGCUUAAUCUGGGGCAUGGAAGAGUGUUGUAGUUAUAGAGUCAGGCAAUAGAGGAUCACCGGGGAUUUUUCGAUACUUUGAUUCAAUUGAAGCUUGUUGUAGUAGCUAAAGAGUUGAUUGAUUGAUUGGUAGAGGAUCAGUGGGAUAAAUUUUGAUUUUGGUUGCUUUGAUUUGACCCAGCAUACUACCCCUUUUCAAUAGGGGAUGAUAUUGUGUUUUGGAGCUUCAGAAUAAGGCGGAAUAUAGAGAGAAUCAUUACAAUUUCUCGAAAUCGAUUUGGGGAUAAAUUCGUCGACGAUCCUUUGGCAAUCUGGUUAUUGAGCUGAUAUUGCAUUGCUUUUGAGUUUGUGGGUGUUGUUUGUGGCAAGUGAUUUGUGUGAAUUUGAUAAUUUGAUUUGGUGGGCUGAGACUGAGUUUAUGGAAGUAUUUUGAAGCUGGAAAUGAAUGUGGGGACAUGGUGCAUGGACAAGAGCUUAGUUGUUGGUUUGAUUCUUGUUUGGAACAUUGCCCUAGCACUAGCUUACUAGUCCAAGUAUUUGCGCUUGCAAGGGGUGACAGAUUCUUGAGGCCCUUGGAACUUUUGCAAUGUCUCGCUGCUUUCCUUUCCCUCCACCAGGAUACGAAAGGAAGACGAAGGCGGACGACACUGACUUGCUAAAAAAGGAAAAGCAUAGAGAAAAGAAGCACAAAAAGGAGAAAAAAGACAAGGAGAAGAAAGAAGGGAAAGAAAAACGGGAGAAAGAAAGAAGUGAUGAAAAACACAGAGAAAAGAAAGACAAAAAGGAGAAACAUAGAGACAAAAAGAAAGACAAGGAGAAGGACAGGGAUAAAGAUAGACAUAAAAGCAAUCCCUUGCUUUCUGUUGAGAAGAAGGUUGUGGGUUCAGCUGAUGACAGUCAUGUUCAUAAGUCCUCUGAGAAGAACAAGGAGUGGGAAAAUGACAGAAAUGCUAUGUCAGCUGAGAAGAAGAUCGAUGGGCUGCCUGCAGCUCACAAUGGGAUGCCGGUUAGUAAGAAUAAUCACCAGGUUUCUGAUGCUAGGAGUUUUAGGUGUGCUUCAGAUUUGGGCCGGAAGAGCAUGGAUGAAGAAAGGAGAACAAUUAAUCAAGUGCCUGAUAAGAAUGUUGGUGCAGAGAGAACAAAAGAUGGUGGAGUGGUCAAGUUGGCUACGAAGAGUGGCGGACCCAUCCAGGAUCCGAAGGAAAAGACCAAGGAGAAACCAACUCCUGAUGGAAGGAUGGAUGGACGAGGUGUCAUCGGGGAUGCUAAAUCUAGUGGAAAUGCUUUGGUUCCGAAUCCUGUUGGAGUGGUUCAAAACAGAGGGGGAGGAAUUCUCAGACCCGUGGAGAAAAAGAUUGAGCAGAAAAUGGAUGGGAAAGAAAAGAUUAGAGAGAAAGAAGGGGAUGAUAGAAAAGGAGAGAAAAGAAAGGAAAGAGACAGGGAAAAACCAGUCCUCAAAGACAAGGACAGGGAAAAGGAAAAGGAGAAGAAGAAAGAGGAGAUAGUGAAGGCAACUGCAGAAGAGAAGCAAAUACAAGUUACAAGAGUGAAAGAUAUCAGUGAAAACCACAUGCUAAAACCAAGUGCAAAGGAUGAAAACAAGAAGGGUAUUUCAGAUGUCCAGAGUGUUGGGUCUCAAAACAUAACAAAAGAUAGCAAUCAUCAUGCUGCUGUUAAUAAUAAUCUCAAGAAACGGAAGGACACUGGUCCCAAUGGAAUUUACGAUGAGUUUGUCACUCGGCCUAAUAAGCUGGCAAGAACAUCAGCUUCUCCCCAUCCGUUGGCGGAAAAUGGAAGGAGCUUGGAGCCUUGCCAGAAUUCAGCUGCAUUUGCUCUUCCUGUUACACAACAGCAGCCACCCAUGGAUAUUAAAGUGGAACGCAGUGAUGAUAAACAGAGGCCGCCCAUGAAAAUUAAAGUGGAUGGCAAGAUUAAUGGCACAGUUGUUGUUCCCUCUACACAAUCUUCUCGAGAAAAAACUGCACGGAAAUCUGAUGCUCCUGCAAAGCAACCUCAUCCAGAUACCAAGUAUCUUGGCCAGGUGAUUUCAGUACCUAAAGUGGAUGAAUGGUCUGAUUUUGAUGACCAAGAGUGGUUGUUCGAUUCCUCAACAAGGAAGCCAGAGGUCAAAUUGUCUGAUAUUGAUGAGACUAUUGAUGAGACUCCACAGGUAUGGGCAAGAGCUUUGUGGUUAGAGCCAGUAGAUGUUUAUGCUUUGCCAUAUGUAAUUCCGCACUGAUGAAUUGCGGUUGUUGUGGUUAUUCUUUACCUUCCCUCCUUAUGUGGAGAGAAAACCCUAUGCCAAGCUCGGGGAAAUUUGCAGCAGAUGGUGUGAGAUUGGAAUUCCAGUUUCUUGCCCUAAAAGCAAGCUCCUUGAAACUACGAAAUGUCGUAGAUUGGACUGAGCUCUUCCUGCAUGUUCUGUACAUUAGCAUUUGGUGUGGUCAUCAACUUUUUCCAGAGCUGUCUCAAAUAGAAAGGAAGCUGUUGGUUGUAUCACACCUGCCUCAGCAGCAACUCGUUCCAAGAGCUAGGGUUUUGAUGACAAUUUUGGGCCUCUUAGAACGAGAAACACUGAUUCUUUUCACAAGGGGAGUAUAAAUGAGCUUGCUUCCCCUAUAGUUGCAACGGUUGAGAAGAUUGUUUAGAUGGGAGAGAUGCAUUAGUUUGUGAAAAUAUUAUGGUUAGAGCAAUUGGAAGGAGCUUUUGCUAAUCUUUUCAGUGUAAGGCGAAACUUAGCUGUGGUGUAUGCAUGCGCCAACCGAUUUUGAUUUGUAACAUAAUACUCUUAAUUUACAGGAGAAAAUGUAACAUAGAAGGGAAUGGGAAGAGGUAGCUUGAUAAAUAUAUACAAGUACGGAUAUUUUUUCCACCAAAUAUGCUUAGGAUUUAGGGUUUAGAUUUAUCUUAAAAUUGUUUCUGUCUUCA